GUUGGACAUAAGGCACUCCUGGUAAGACAAACAGCUUAAUCACACAGAAUCUCAACUAAUUAGCUGGAUACGGUCUGAAGAAAAAUACUGUAAUCAUCAACCACCUGAAGAAUAAAAGCUUCAAGAGACAACAGAUAGCGGGGAGCUUGCACUAGAUAUAUGAUUGCAGAAAUACAGGAUAUGGACGUUGAGCUGCUAGUUCUAGCAUUAGUGGUAAUGGUACUAUGGUCAUUAUGGGCUGCUGUCCUCAAACUCCACCACGUUUCCGCGAAAGCGUCACCUCCGGGACCGAGGCGCUGGCCCCUAGUCGGAAACCUCCUUCAAUUGGGCUACGGUUUCGCACCGCACGAGUCAUUUGCCAAAUUGGCUCGCAAACACGGUCCCGUGAUGACCCUAAGCCUCGGGUCCAUGAACACAGUUGUUAUUUCAUCAAACGAGGCGGCUCGUGAGAUGUUCAAGCACCACGACGUGGUUCUGGCUGGGAGAAAAAUAUACGAGUCCAUGAAAGGAGAUUUCGGAAAUGAAGGCUCCCUCAUCACGGCUCAAUAUGGCCCCCACUGGCGCAUGCUCAGACGGCUCUGCAGCAAGGAGUUCUUCUCGUCCACUAGCCUUGACGCUAUGCAUCAUGUUCGCAGAAGAUGUAUUGACCACAUGGUGCGGUUUAUUGAAGAGGCGGGAGGCGCGGGCACGAAGGCUGUGGAUGUUCGGAGGUUUUUCUUCUUGAUGACUUUCAACUUGGUGGGGAACUUUCUGUUUUCGAAGGAUCUUUUGGGCCCGAAAUCGGAGACAGGGGAGCAAUUCUACUACCACGCGGGUAAAGUGAUGGAGUUUGCGGGAAAGCCUAAUGUGGCUGAUUUUUUCCCUGUGUUGAGACGGCUUGAUCCUCAGGGGAUUAGGAGGAAAACGCAGUAUCAUGUGAAUCAAGCGUUUGAAAUUGCUGGAGGAUUUUUGAAAGAUCGGCUCAAUGAAAAUAAAGAGGUUUUUGUAGAAAAGAAAAACGACUUCUUGGAUGUUCUCUUGGACUAUAAUGGUGAUGGUGUUGAAGGGCCUCUUAAAUUCUCCCCAACCACAAUCAAUGUUAUUGUGUUUGAAAUGUUCACAGCUGGAACCGACACGACGACAAGCACGUUGGAGUGGGCAAUGGCCGAGCUUCUUCACAAUCCAACAAUACUAGAAAAGGUCCAAAAAGAGCUGAGAGCUCUUACUGUCCAUCCUCCUAACACGAAUCCUACUGAGAGAGAUUUCGAAAAACUUCCAUACCUACAAGCAGUAAUCAAAGAGACUCUGAGGCUCCACCCUCCACUCCCAUUUCUUGUUCCCCACAAGGCCAUGGACUCUUGCAACAUGCUAGGCUAUCACAUCGCAAAAGAAGCACAAGUGCUUGUAAACGUAUGGGCGAUCGGACGUGACCCGAAUACGUGGAUUGAUCCUCUGGAAUUCAAACCCGAGAGGUUCCUUGAUCCCAAAAUGCAGCAGGUAGAUUAUAAAGGACAAAAUUUCGAGUUUUUACCGUUUGGGUCAGGGCGGAGAAUGUGUCCAGCAAUUCCACUAGCCUCUCGGCUUCUCCCCUUGGCUUUGGGCUCUGUCUUGCUUGCAUUUGAUUGGAUUUUAGAGGAUGGGAUCAAAGCAGGAGACAUGGACAUGAGUGAACGAAUGGGAAUCACCCUCAGAAAAGCAGUUCCAGUGAAAGCAAUACCGGUUCCAUAUAUAUCUUCGUAAAUUUACCAAGUCUGAUUUCUGUAUAUAUGGGUGUAAAUUAUUGUGAUCGAGAAAAGGAUACAAAUGAUGUGUGUAGUACUGUAGUUUGUGAAAUCUGCUUACAUUUCUUUUGAUUUGAAACAUACAUGUAAUUAAUUUUAAAUGUGCAUGUGAGAGAUCUUAAGCUUGUUC